AUGGAGAAAAGUUAUGAUUCAUAUUAUAACCCACCUUCACCUCCACAGUAUAAUUCACAACCUGCCAAUUUUCCUAAUGCACAACCUUAUGUAUCUUAUUUUAAUUCAACCCAGCUGCAAACGGAAAACGCUGAAGUCCUGCAGUUGAAACAGGACACUAACAACCAUUCGUUCAUACCUCAAAAUGAUCCUUUAGCUACUACAAAUGAUCCUUCUGCUUCUACCCAUUUUACUGAUUUACGACAAAAUGUUAGCAGUUCCUAUGGUCCUUCGUCUACUCCUUUGAACGCGAUGCUUUGCAACGACUUUUAUGGAUCUUUGUCUAAUCCACCUUCAUAUGUAAUGAACGAUAAUAAUAUUGUAAAAUCUGAUAAUGAGACUCAGCAAAGUAAUGCAAAUGUGAAAAUAUCAAAGAAUGCUACGAGGGGAAGAAAAAGAAAAAAAAAGAAAGGACUACAAUUGAAUGUGAAUGAUAACAAUAAGGAUAAAGUGAAACAAACUGAAAAACCUUGGCUUAUUCAUGAUCCUAACGCUAAUUAUACAAGUGUAACCCAACGGCUACAUUACGAAAUUAUCGAGUUGGUAAAUUAUCUUUUACCAACUGAUAUAGAACGUUUAUUACGAGCUUUCGUCAUUAAAAGAAUUGAUCUCGCCAUCAAAGAAAAAUUUCAAAAGGCGGAAGUUAUGGUAUUUGGAAGUGUCAACACUGGACUUUAUCUUCCGACAAGUGAUAUAGACAUAGCCUGUUUUAUUCACGCUGAGCCUAAUAGUGCUGCGUUUACGAUUGUAAAACUCUUUGAACCCCUAAAUAUUUGUGUUGGUAAACCUACGCUGGUUUACUCAAAUAAAGUUCCGGUCAUAAAAUUUCAGGAGUACUAUACAAAGUUCAAUGUAGAUAUUUGCAUUAACCAAAUGAGUGGUUACUAUUCUGCGGUUGCAAUACGACGAUAUAUGGAACGAUGGCCAUCAUUAGGUACUUUGGUCAUCGCCGCAAAGUGCUUCUUAACACAUCACAAGCUUGAUUGUACUGCAUCAGGUGGAAUGAGUGGUUACACCCUUUUUUGUUUAAUGUUGAAUUUCCUCCAGUUACACCCUGAAAUUCAAACUGGGAGAAUCAUUCCUGAGGACGAAAACCUUGGGGUAUUACUUAUUGAGUUUUUCGAACUUUAUGGCGUCGAUUUCAAUUAUAAACAACUCGCUAUUCGAGUUGAAAGAGAUAAUGAACUUGGUGUGGACCUAGGAUAUUGUAAGAAAGAAAAUGAAUCUUGGGCUACAAAAUGUCCAGAGAAUUUGUGUAUUCAGGAUCCUAUACAAAAAUCAAAUGAUAUAGCUAAAGCUACAACAAUAAUGCCAAAAAUUCGUGAACAUUUCGAACGAGCAUUUAAUAAUCUCGUCAAUCGUGUUUGCACUCUUGAACGGGAUUUGUCAAGAAAUGGUAAUAUAAUCAUGGGUUUACAUAAACAAUCCAUUUUAUCAUCCAUUUUAUUCAUUCGACAAGAAAUCGUUAAGCGUAGGCGUAAACUUCAUAACGAUUUUAGUCAUGGUAAACAACUUGGACGAGCAGUCGCACCAUUCGGACCUGGUAUCGCAGACUCUUUACAUCUUCCAAGUUUAGAUCAUAUUUGGCGAGAAUUUCGUGAUGAAAUUGAAGACAUUAAUAUAAGUAUAAUUAAAAAACAACCUUCUAAUGUCAAUGAUCAACUGAAUUAUCUUAUAUCUUUACGAGCCAAAGUGGAUUUACAAAUUAAAAGGACAUUAAUUAAUCAUCGAUCCAAUUCGGAUAUGGAUUUAUCAGAUCCUGGUUCUCCUUCCAUUAACAUAUAUGGUAAAUCAGUUGAAUCUUCAAAUAAUGAAGGUAGAGGCAAUGGUCCGAACAAAGGAUGUGGA